UCCAGCGUUCGCAAUGGCGGGCGUUUACCGACGGUGGAGCGAAGUGCGCAUUUGUUCUCCGAUUGGCAUUUGAAUUUUAACAGGACAUGACAAACACAACGAACGGAUUGCCGAGCUCACAGGAAUCGGCGUUGUACGACGAAGAGACGUUCUGCGAAAUACAGUCGGAAUUAAAUAGCAAGGGCUACAGCUUAUCUUUUUUAUUGGAGGAUAAGGAAUUAUUUGACAUGUCAGGACAGAAACGAGGCAUAUCUGAUGUUUCUGACGUUGAGCAAUUAACAUUUACAAAGGAGUGGAAGAGGGUAAAGAAAGAAGAAGCUGAGGAAAUGUAUACUCCAUUACCAGAAAUUACUCAGCAAUUGGACGAUUGCUUUGCUGGUCAGUUCAAAUUCAGUUAUAUCUUUGCUGAUGAUGGUACCGGUCAAGAUUGGACUUACUCCCAAACACUGGACAAGCUCUUCAUCAAAAUGGAAAAAGUCUUGCCCUUGAAAUUUGUAUGGGACCCGCCGAUAGAAGGAUUACACUUGCGCACCGCAAUGGCUUUUAAAUUGGAGCAGUAUAAAAACGAUCCUGUUAGAAGAUGCUAUAAUCAUAUGGCAUCGACUGACAUCACUAAUCAAAAUAUGGACGCGCAGAAAAUAAAACACGUGGUUCAUUGCGUUAAUCAUUCCUCAUCUAUUUAUGUGGAGAAAAACGAAAAGCUCUCAAUUUUAACCCCGCUUCGCAUGCCAGAGCCUGGUUCCUCUUACAUGCCGAUGUGCUACAAAUUCCUAUGUAAGAACAGUUGUCCAUCCGGCAUUAACAGAAGACCAACUGAACUAGUGUUCACACUGGAGGAUCUGAAUGCAGGCACAAUUUUGGGUCGCCGUAAAUUACUAGUUAGAAUAUGCAGUUGUCCCAAGCGAGACAGACAGAAAGAAGAAGGUGAAUCAACGCCUAACAAUUCUGGUAACAAUCUUACAGCCAAGAAAAAGCCAAUUAAACAUUCCGCACAUUCGGGUAAAAAGAUGCCGCCAUUACACGAUCAGCAUGUCUAUAAAGUAAAUUUGAAUAUCGUAGGUAAAGAAAACUAUUUGGCUAUACUUAAAUAUGCUUAUGAUAUUACGGCCGGUCAAGCAAUGAAAACUGGCCAAUUUGAAUUUCUGAAACCGUAUAUGGAUGAUAUACUCCAUAAUAUGCCUUAACGCAUAAGCGUUAUGUACGUGUUAUUUCAUUUUAUUUCACUUGUUACGUCCAUGAAAAUUUACCUCGAAAAUCUGUCAAAGAAAAAAGUUUCUGUUCUUCUUCUAAUAGUAACAUAGUUUCUCUUAUGUCAGUUUUUUAACAACUUGUUUAACGCGUUUCAUGCCUAGUUUUACGUGAUUCAGGCCACCGAUAGACCCACGUUGUUCUAUUACGAGCCAAAUUUUAUGUACCAAGUAAUAUGUGUCAUAUAAUAAUGGUUACCAAAGCAUUUCACGAUUGUUUCACCUUAGAAAUAAAAUAUAAAACUACCCGAACGAUAAUUUCAGCUUGGGCUACCGGUGGCUCACGCAAUGUAGAACAUAUUAAUCCUCGAAUAACAAAGUUCACGCAGGUACAUGUGUGACAAGGUGGGUCGAAUUCGACCAAUAGACGCAUUUUCAUUUUUUCAACUAAUUCUUCAGAGUAGGCCUCUUUUAUUCUCACUAUAAGUUAAAAAAAUAUUUAAAAUUGAAUAAAAUAAAUCGCAGAAUAUAUAUAUAAAAUUUGCCUGAAACAUAACGCUUCACAAGCGCGUGCGCGGAAACAUUAAAAUAUGGGUCCAAUUUUGUUAUUCGAAGGUUAAGUUGCCGACUCGACUUGUAAGUUUUAACCAUUUCCCCUUUUUACGUUAGCUUAAAGAUCUCUUAUGUUUUAGAAACGUUAUAAUUAAUGUUUUUUUUUUUUAACAUGAUGCAUGUAUUUUUUAUACUAUGUGAAUUGAUGUUCAUGCACGAGAGAAGAUAUUGAGUAAGAGGGCAAAGUUAAAAAUUGUGCACUGAGUUUUGUCGUGCGACCGGCUUGAUUUUAGUCAACUCAUAUCGACUUUGUCAUAUUACUUGAUAACUUCUCGGCAGAACGAAGCAUUCAUUAAGUAAUCGUAGUGUAAAACCAUUUCUUUUUUAUUUUCAUAGCGAUCUUAAUGAUUAAUGUGAUACUAUAGAAUUUAUUUGCAUCAUUUGUUAAUCUAUAGUAUUAUAUCAACAAGAAAUAAAUGAUUUUUCACGUUA